AUGACGAUGGUGAUGAAGAUGAUGAUGAUGGUGGUGGCUGUCUGCACGUUCAACAGAUGUUAUGAACACAAGCAGUACAGAAAUGGACUGAAAUUCUGCAAACAGAUUCUCUCCAAUCCCAAGUUCUCAGAACAUGGAGAGACACUGGCGAUGAAAGGCCUGACCCUGAACUGCCUGGGGAAGAAAGAAGAAGCCUAUGAACUUGUCCGCAGAGGUCUCCGAAAUGACCUGAAGAGCCAUGUCUGCUGGCACGUGUACGGUUUGCUCCAGAGGUCUGACAAGAAGUACGACGAGGCUAUUAAAUGCUACAGAAACGCACUAAAAUGGGACAAAGACAACUUGCAGAUCCUUCGAGAUCUCUCCCUCUUGCAGAUCCAAAUGAGAGACCUGGAGGGUUACAGGGAGACCCGGUAUCAGCUGCUGCAGUUGCGGCCAGCCCAGCGAGCGUCAUGGAUUGGCUACGCCAUUGCGUAUCACCUCUUGGAGGACUAUGAGAUGGCUGCCAAAAUCAUUGAGGAGUUUAGAAAAACACAACAGACGUCCCCUGACAAGGUGGAUUAUGAGUACAGUGAGCUGCUGCUGUAUCAGAAUCAGGUCUUGAGGGAGGCGGGACUCUUCAGAGAAGCUUUGGAGCAUCUCACCACCUACGAGAAACAGAUUUGUGAUAAACUGGCCGUGGAGGAAACCAAAGGGGAGCUGCUGUUGAGUCUGGAACGGUUUGAAGAGGCGGCAGAUGUGUACAGGCGACUACAGGAGAGAAAUCCUGAAAAUUGGUCUUAUUACCAUGGCCUGGAAAAAGCACUCAAGCCUGCAAGUACAGAAGAGAAGCUGAAAAUCUAUGAGGAGGCCUGGGAGAAAUACCCUAAAGGCCUCGUACCUCUCAGAUUACCACUCAGCUUCCUGUCUGGAGACAAGUUUCGGGAGUGUCUAGAUAGAUAUUUAAGAAUGAACUUCAGUAAGGGCUGUCCUCCCGUCUUCACCACACUCAGAUCUCUCUAUCAGGACAAAGAGAAGGUGUCAAUAAUUGAAGACUUAGUUGUUGGUUUUGAAACGUCCUUACGGAGCAGUCGAAUGUUCAGCCCAGAUGGUAUGUUGGUAUUUUUUUCUUUAUUCCAUUUAUUUACUUUUUUAUGGUUUGAGAUAUUAGGGCCAU